UCCGACCCGGAGGCGGAACCGGCGGUGCGGCCCGAAGCUCCGCAGUCCCCGAGCGCGCCCGGCCAUGCGCCCCCCGCGCCCCCGCGCUGCGCUGCUCGCGCUCCUGGCCGCGCUCCUGGCCGCGCCCCCGGUGGCCCUGGCCGAGGCCCCGCACCUGGUGCGGGUGGACGCGGCCCGCGCGCUGUGGCCCCUGCGGCGCUUCUGGAGGAGCACGGGCUUCUGCCCUCCACUGCCACACAGCCAGGCUGACCAGUACGUCCUCAGCUGGGACCAGCAGCUCAACCUCGCUUAUGUGGGCGCCGUCCCUCACCGUGGCAUCGAGCAGGUCCGGACCCACUGGCUGCUGGAGCUUGUCACCACCAGGGGCUCUACUGGAUCAGGCCUGAGCUACAACUUCACCCACCUGGACGGGUACCUGGAUCUUCUUAGGGAGAACCAGCUCCUCCCAGGGUUUGAGCUGAUGGGCAGCCCCUCCGGCCACUUCACCGACUUUGAGGACAAGCAGCAGGUGUUUGAGUGGAAGGACUUGGUCUCCAGCCUCGCCAGGAGAUACAUCGGUAGGUACGGACUGGCGCAUGUUUCCAAGUGGAACUUCGAGACGUGGAACGAGCCAGACCACCACGACUUUGACAACGUCUCCAUGACCAUGCAAGGCUUCCUGAACUACUACGAUGCUUGCUCCGAGGGUCUGCGCACUGCCAGCCCUGCCCUGCGGCUGGGCGGCCCCGGGGACUCCUUCCACCCCCCACCGCGAUCCCCGCUGAGCUGGGGCCUCCUGCGCCACUGCCACAACGGCACCAACUUCUUCACUGGAGAGGCGGGCGUGCGGCUGGACUAUAUCUCCCUCCACCGAAAGGGUGCACGCAGCUCCAUCUCCAUCCUGGAGCAAGAGAAGGCCGUGGCGCAGCAGAUCCGGCAGUUCUUCCCCAAGUUCGCGGACACCCCCAUUUACAAUGACGAGGCUGACCCGCUGGUGGGCUGGUCCCUGCCGCAGCAGUGGAGGGCCGACGUAACCUACGCGGCUAUGGUGGUGAAGGUCAUUGCCCAGCACCAGAACCUGCUGCUGGCCAACACCAGCUCCGCCAUCCCCUACGCGCUCCUGAGCAACGACAACGCCUUCCUGAGUUACCACCCGCACCCCUUCGCGCAGCGCACCCUCACCGCGCGCUUCCAGGUCAACAACACCCGCCCGCCGCACGUGCAGCUGCUGCGGAAGCCGGUGCUCACCGCCCUGGGGCUGCUGGCGCUGCUGGACGAAGAGCAGCUCUGGGCCGAGGUGUCGCGGGCCGGGAAGGUUCUGGACAGCAACCACACGGUGGGGGUCCUGGCCAGCGCCCACCGCCCGGAGGGCCCGGCCGACGCCUGGCGCGCCGCGGUGCUGAUCUACGCGAGCGACGACACCCGCGCCCACGCCAACCGCAGCGUCCCAGUGACCCUGUGGCUGAACGGGGUGCCCCCCGGCCCGGGUGAGCCAGGGUCCCAGGGAGUUCUCUGCCCCGCGGUGGCUCUGGAGGGGGCGGGGCCUGGAGGGGGCGGGGCCUGGAGGGAGUUGGACCUGAAGGGGCGUCCUCAGUCCGCCUGGAGAACACGGAGGACCCGCCACUGCGCGCAGGACCCUGUGGCCGAGGCCCCGCAGCCCUUCCCCGCCGGCGGCCGCCUGACCCUGCGCCCUGCGCUGCCGCUGCCGUCGCUCCUGUUGGUGCACGUGUGCGCGCGCCCUGAGAAGCCGCCUGGCCAGGUCACGAGGCUCCGCGUUCUGCCCCUGACCCGAGGGCAGCUGGUUCUGGUCUGGUCGGAUGAGCACGUGGGCUCCAAGUGCCUGUGGACAUAUGAGAUCCAGUUCUCCCAGGAUGGCAAGGUGUACACCCCGGUCAGUAGGAAGCCGUCAAACUUCAACCUGUUUGUGUUCAGCCCCGACACAGGUGCUGUCUCCGGCUCCUACCGAGUUCGAGCCCUGGACUACUGGGCCCGGCCAGGCCCCUUCUCAGACUCCGUGCGGUACCUGGCAGCCCCUGUGCCGGGAGGGCCACCCACCCCCAAUAACCCGUGAACCUGUGCUGAGCCCCGAUGGGCUGCACCCAGCAGCCAGCCGGCCAGGCUGCUUUGCUCCCCUCCGCCACCACCCUUUACAAAAUACUUUUAUAUUUUAUUUUUUUCUUUCGUAUCUUGGUACCAACACCCCCCUUAAAGUGGCUUUAGUCUCAGGCUAAGGCCCUAGGCACAUUUGAGGGUGGCCACAAGGGUAAACCCCAGCGGCUGAACUCCUGAGGACCCACCUGGAGCGAGGCCUGUUUCCUCUCCGUUCCCUCUCAAAAUGCCCCCAAUCCUGGACCGGAAGUGUGUUGAGCCCGUGGAGGGCUGGGGGCCUGUCCCUGGGCCAGGCUGGGGAGCCAGCUCAGCCCUGCCCACCCAGGGGUUUCUGCCCGGGAUCCUUUGCUUUCUUGCUUGUUCUGCAGAGUGGGGAGCUGAGGCCCCAUGAGGGAAGACCCCUGUACCCCAGCAGGGUGGAGGGUGGGGUGGGGGUACCCCGUAGGGGCACCCCUUGCAGCCCAGGCUGUGGCCAGCAGCAGUGUCCACCAUGGUCUGUGUCUCCUCACCACGACUGUCCUGGCUCCAGAUUUGAGACGUGGCAGGGCCAGAUGAGGACAAUUUGGUGACUGUUUACAGAGAUGGAGGCAGGGUACCAGGAAGCCACGGAGCAGGGUUGUCCCCAGGGGCACUCACCAGUCCAGGCAAGGCUGGGUGCCCUGGUGAGGAGUAGGGACCUUCUACCCAGGGGUGUGGCCAGGAGCCCGGGAACCAAGGUCCUUCUCUCUCUUCCCUUGCUCCAGCAGCCUCCAGGGCUACCCUUGGUGGCACUCAGCCAAAGGGCUGGGGCACAGGGACCCCACAGCUUCCUCUGGAGGCUGUCUGGGGCUCUGGUGGGGUUGGGGGGCUGAGCCCACUGGCUUCACUGUAUCUCCCAAAGCCCAUGUCCCUUGCCUGCUCCCAACCAAUGUGGGCCCCCAAAGUGCUGGAGUGGGACAGAGACCCCACGAGGGACCCUCCCCUCACUCUUGGACCUGGGUGUUGUGGCUUUUGGCAAAAAUGGCCACAUAUAUUCCAAGUUUAUCCCUCAGCUGGGAUUCCUGGUGUGAGCCUGGCCCCCAGGGUGGUAGGCUGGACCCUCCUCUGGAGGCAAGGUAGAGGUCAGCAGGGGGUCCUGAGGCCCCACGGCACUGGCACCAGUAUUGGCUGAAUGGCAAAGCUGCAUAUCUCUCCUUCCCCAAGAGGCUCUGUCUCCGUCACCUUCCCUGGCGGCCACCAGCUUGCUGACAAGUCCCCACCCUCCAGUCUCACUGAUGGGGCCACUUUGGCCUUCGCUGAGAGUGGGUUAGGCUUGAGGCCAUGCCAAGAACCAGGGAAGCCCACGCUGGCUGUCAGCUUACACACAGCCUUGUCCCUGCCGCUGGGUACUUUGUGCCUGGGUCCCUGGAGCAGUUGCUGGGUGGCAGGAUGAGACUGCAUUUGACGUCCCCUGUCCACAGGACCUCCAGAGAGUGGCUGCCCUCUGGACAAAUGCAGGCACCUCUGUGGGAUGUGGGACCCUCACUCUGCCUGUUCUGCCAGCCCAGGGCUUGCCUCUUCCCCAAGCUUCUCAUCUUCAUCUCCUGAGUCUGGCCAACCUUUCCAUGGAUGCUGCCCGUGGUGGCGGCGAGGGUGGCUGGAUGUGCCACCUUGGUUCUGCUGUGGGGCAUCUCUUCCGUCUUCCAGGGCCAGCCCCCCCGCUAUGAUGCUGUGCCUGUCCCCUUCCGGGUGACAGUGUGCACCCUGCAUCCAUAAACCGCCUCUGCACUUUC